UCGGGAUUGUGACGUCACGUGGCAGCGAGCUGGGUGUCUCUUCCUUUUUCCGGUGCCCUUGCUCUUACGUUGAAGACGACGACGAGGUGAACGGAGAACCGCCAAGAUGCUUCGAAAUCUUUUGGCUCUUCGGCAAAUUUCCCAGAAGACCCUAAGCACUGCCCCCCGUAGGCAGCUGGCAAACAAGGUUCCAGAGAACCAGAAACUUUUCCAGGAAGAUAAUGGCCUUCCAGUGUACCUAAAAGGUGGAUUGAUGGAUGCACUGCUGUAUCGAACGUCCAUGGUCCUUGCUAUUUCUGGAACAUGCUAUCUCCUUUAUUUAUUCUACGACGCUGCUAUGCCCAAGAAAAACAAAUGACUCCAGUUUACAGGAUCCAUCUUGGAGUAACAUCUGUCCAUUACAUUCCAAUACACUCUUCAGGGACCAACUCUUGUCCUUGUCAUAAAUAGCUUACGUGUUUGGGAUCAAUAUUUAUUGAGUUGAAACGUUGUACACUGUAAUCAAUAAAGUAGUUUUACAUUCUGCUUGCAUCUAUUAAAAGAUUAUUUGCUGAACUUAA